CAUUCACUAGAUCUAUUAUUCACUCAGCAACUCAGUUUAGUUCAAUUUUUCGUUACCUCGUUUAGUGAUUUUGAAGCCGCGUGACUAUCGUGAAAUAAGUACAAGAUCGGCGAUUGUAUUUACGACUUUUUGAGUGAAAAUGGAGGAUAUAAAAGCCGGUCAAAAUCUGAAUAUGUUCCUCGUCGGCGGACUUACGAUCUUAUUAUGUUUUAUAUUACAUUUAGUUUAUAAAGCCAUCUUCUCCACUCCGAAAAGAGAUGCAUCGCUUACUACAGAGAGCGAUUCAGGUGCUCAAGUAGACGAGGCUGUCUCUGAGGUAGCGCAAGUCGAGAACCGGCCAAGUAAAAGCAAGAAGCGUGCUCCAUGGAAGGGGAAAGCGGAGUUCACGCAUCCCUGGUUACUGAAGAAUCUCAAAGGUCACCCCGGCAACGUGCUCCAUAUGGACUUCUCUGCGAACGGCAAAUUUAUGGCCGCCACAUGUGAUGAUGGCUCUGUGAUUCUAUGGGACAUCAGGAAUCUGACCCAGAAGGAGCACAAGACACUGCGUGUGAACAUUCCAUUCGAUUACGCUUCGCGCGUGGCUUGGAGCCCGGAUUCUAAGGCGUUCAUCGUGCAUACGGUUGAGGAGAACACUAUUAUAGUCUACAAGAUCGAGAAGAAGAAAGAUGGCACCAUUGGAGCAGCUAGUCCUGUUAUAACCUUUGAUAAGGUUCACGAGGACAACAUUGUCGGCUUCGGUAUUUCGAGUAACGGAAAAUUCAUGAUGUCGUGCUCAUCAAAAACGGACAUGGUGAUCUGGGACCUGAAGGGCCAACAACUAGACCGACUGGACACAUAUCUGAUGAGCACGCAUGCUGCCAAGAUAUCUCCGUGCGGUCGCUUCGUUGUAGCCACUGGUUUCUCGCCCGACGUCAAAGUGAUGGAGGUCUAUUUCACGAAGUCGGGAGAGUUCAAGCAAGUAUCAAAAGCUUUCGAGCUAACCGGCCACUCGUCUGGAAUAUAUGACGUGGCGUUCGACGUCGACACAUCCCAUAUCGCUACCAUAUCCAAGGAUGGCACGUGGAAAUUAUACCACACAAAGAUCGAUUACACCCACGGUGAGUCCCCGCACGUGCUGGAGACGGGCAAGUACACACAGAGCUCGACUUCACCCAACAUUGCACUGUCUCCUAACGCGGAGGUGCUGGCAGUCGCCGUUGACAGCGCUGUCGAGUUCUACGACACGUAUACAGGACAACUGUAUGACACCGUCGAUAACAUAUACUCAGGCACUAUUAACUAUAUGUGUUUCGAUGCGAGUGGGAAAUAUUUAUUCGUGUGCGGGGACCGUGCGGUGCGGGUGCUUCACAACGUGUGUGGUUACUUCACCACUAUAGCGAGCUGCUCCCGGCUUCUCUCGCACAAGCAGACCUCCGCCACCACUGAAAGGCUGAACAACACCAUUAAGUCCUGUCAAGAGACGCUAGCGUCUUUUGGUAAGUAGAUUAAAGUCCAUAUGUAAAAAUCAACAGUUUAUAAUCUCACUAGCGUAGGUACAAUUAGAGAAACUGAACGUGUACCAUCUUUAAAGCUAAAUUCGUUUGAACGUAUUGACAAGACGAAACGAAAAAUUACAAAUAGAAUGUAGCGUUUAAUAUGUCUAUACGAAAAAAGUUACCGAAUUAGUUUUUUUUUUUUGUAAGAAUCGGAGUUUUUUAAGUAGAACAUCUAGAAUUUUCUCGACUGUACAUACAGCUGUAACGAAGUAAGCAAAAGCGAUACAAUUUCAUGAUUUUAUUCAUGUUUUAAUUGUCAUUUCGUUUUAGUUCACAAUAUGCCGUUUUAUAAUAUGACUAGGGAGAUUAUAAACUGUCGAUGGUCACUGUAUGACAGUGACAUGUCGAAUGCAUUUAUUUUUUGCCCAACUGACUUAGAAGGGUAAUUUUUAAACAACUCUUUAAUGUCCAAUGAACCAGUGGUAAAUGUCUAUUAUAUUUGUAAUAUUUCCCAUAUAAAUGUAUGUAUUUUCUAUGAUCUAUUCGAAUUUCGAAAUUAUUUAUAAAAAUUGUUCUUCCUAUAGAAAAAUAAGAAAAUCUCGUAACUUACGACUGUAAUCUAAGUUAACUGUAAAUGUUUAGAUUAACUCUAAGUGACUUGAUUGCUCAAUGUUCUCAUUAUUUUUGAUUUAUUUAGAAAUUAAUUUCUUCUAAUCAUAAGUAAUUUUUUGGUAUUACAAUGCAAAAAUAAUUGAAAACAAUGCAUUUUUUUUUAACUUGUAUAGUAUGACAUUUUUUAUUGUGAAGUGUCUGACAGUAAUAUUUUUCUGUAUUAUUUUUGAAAAAUUUAUGAUGUGAAAUUUUCAAACAAAGAAUCGCUUUCUAUGUAUUUUAGGCCUAUGUUUCAAUUUAAAAUGGUACAGUUUUUAGUGUAUCUAUAAAUGUAUGUUAGAAUUUCUCUACUUCGAAACUAGAUUAAGUUUUAGCUCUGUAUAAAUUAUAUACAAUCUGUUUCUAUUAAGAAUGUGCAUACUGUGACGUCAUACUUAACAAAACUAAAAUAAUCAGAAAAAUAUUCAUCUAUAAAAAAAAAUGGGUAAAUUUUUUUUUUUACUUUAUUUUUCGAGCGUUUUUUGGUAAAUCUAUGUCACCGAGAUGCACAUUCUUAUUUAAAACUUAUACUACAUUCCUUUUUAUUAACGGUUCCUAAUUAUUACUUCAAUCCGUUCGUAUGAGAAAAAUAUUUUUUUGUUAUCUAUCCACUAAUAAUUAAGUCAAUCGUUUUGAAAGACUGUGGACAUUUGUGUAAAAUGAUUUUCUAAUGUCCUUGUAUGUA